AUGGCGGGCUCGGCCGAAGGUCUGGAGGGUGGACGCCCCGGGGUCCUGGGGAUCCAAGACGGGAAGUCUCCAGCUGGGAUCAGCCCUGCCAGGCCAGGACAUCCGCGCCUCACGUCGGGACUCAGGGUCCUAGGCAGCCGAGCCCCGUCGUGGCGCUGGCUCCCCAACUCGACAGGGGCAGUGGAGCCCGGCUCCGGACUGAACUCGCGGCGCGCAAAGCGCUUCGGAGGCGCGGUGUCGACGCUGUGUCAACGCGGCGCAGGGUGUGGGGAGUGCACGGAGAGAGUGUCCAUAGCACACGCUUGGCGCGCACAGCAGCUCUUGCCUGACUCGCACCUGGAGCCGCGGCCCCAGCAGCCGCGUGGACGCCCGAGUGCGUGGCCUCGUGUCCGCGCCUGGAGGGACUUCUCUCUGGCCAGGAAUCCGGAGCCCGAGAAGCCCAGGAGGCGCAGGCCGCCGGCCUCCAGAGACCCCGGGAUGGGCUGCCGCUCCCCCCAGCCACCAGAGUUUCGGGGCCCCGCUCUGGGUCCGGAGAAGCGUCGGGGAAACUGGGAGAAACUUUACCAACUUUGCUCUCCGCGAGGGAGAGGCCGCCCGAAUGGCCGGGUAGCGGCAGGCCGCGGCGCGCGGGGUGGGCCCCCAGCCAGGCCCGGGCACCCGGGAGCGGGCCGGGCCGCCCGAGGAGGGGUGCGAGGCCGGCCGGCUAGCCCCCGGCGCCCCCGCUCCUGCCCUGCGCCUCCCCCAGCUGGCCGCGCGCCUGGGUCUCCGAGCCGCCGGCGACGCGCAGCGCUGGGGAUGGACUGGAUGGAAAACCCUGGUCUCCAGCGCAAGUGAUUAGAUUUUUCUUUACCUCUCCGGGAUCACCCCUUUCCCGCCCGACUUGAGAGGUGUCACUCCCUCCUCCUCCUUUGUUUUUCUCUGUCCCUCUGUUCCUCCCACUUUCUCUGUAUUCGAUUUCUAGGUCAUUCCUUUUUCCUUUCUUUCCUCCGCUCCCUUAUUCCUUGUUUUAUUUUUCCCCCUGGACCACUUUUCAGUUGUUUUCUCAUUUUGCUCCUCCCUCUUUUCUUGUGUCUCUUUUCCCCUCUCUGACUGACGGAGUCCCUCUCCCCCAUCUUCAUUUCUCCUCCUUUAUCUCUAUCCUCUCUCUCUCUCUCUCUCCCCUAAUCUCGUAUUUCCUUCUUCGAUUUCUGGUCUGUCUCUCAGGUUCUCUUCCGCGUGUCUUUUCUGUCUCCUCUUCGUCUCCUGAACCGUCCCCUCCCCGGUGGAUCUGCCUUCCCGGAGGCGCCCCUUCUCAUCCAUCUUGGAGAAGAAUAUGUCGCCUUAUUGGAUGCGGAGGCCAGAGCCGGGUGAUGGGGCUCGGCCAGCCUAGCGCCUUUUCUUCAUGCAUAUUGAGGAGAUGGUAAUGAGCGCGUUUGCAUUGUUGCAUGGAAAUGCUGCGUUUCCUGCCGCAGUUCCGAGCCCGCGAGGGUGGCACGGGCCCAAAAGAGCCCCGCAGUGGGCAGCCGGCCUGGUGGCCGCAGCUGGGCCUCGACGGGUUCCCGGGUGCUGGGGCCCCGGGGGAGGAAGUGACCUGGCCGAGCCGGCCGGCCUCUCCUCCUUGGGUCCCCCCACGAGGGCCGGCCUCGCUCCUCUCCUUAAAGCCUCGGGUCGGGAACUCCCGGCUCGGCCUCGCUCACGACACUUCCUUCGCGCCCCCUCCCCACGGGCCUCUGGGUCCCCCCCUCCCCUGAUGUUUGGAGGUCUGUGAUGGAGCGCCACCGGGAAAUUAGUGCCUGACAACGUCGUCUAAUGGCAGUAAACUGCGACUUCGAGUGACACGUCGCGGGAUCAAACGCAGCCACACUGUGCACCGCGCUCGGCUCACUCCCGGCUAAUCUUGGAGGGCGCAGGGCGCUCGGUCAGGGGAGCGCAGGCCCCUGUGUGUCGGGAGCCCGCUCCCGCCUGGGCUCAACGGGACGGAGCCGACCCGGAGGCCAGUCCCUCCCGGAGAAGAUGCGCAGAGCUCUAGAGACAGGACCCAGGCACGCCUCUCAAAGAGACGAAGGCUUGUGAAAGGCGGGAACUCCGAGGGUGCAAACAGCAGAGCUCAGAGCGAACCUACUGCUCCUUGCUGGAAAAUCGGAAGGACACGGAGCCGCAGCUCCAGACAAGGCCGAGCGGGAACCUCUGGACAGUACACGUCCCCAGGGAUCCCCCUGGUCCCUUCCAGCUCCAUACUAGGAAAGUUGACGGCUCUUGGUUCAAAAUCAAAACCGCUGGGAUCUCGCCUUGUCUGGAAUUCUGUAGUGCCUGGCGUUUCCCAAACUUCAAGCCCUUGGCUACCACCUCUACUAUUAUUUGCUUAACAUUUUCCCUUAAAUCGACUCAUUUUAAAAACGUAGAUAUAUGCUUUUGGAAAGAAAACUUGAUACUACUACCUUAAAUUGAAAAGUAGAUAUUCCUCGCCAUAAAAGGCAAUUGUGAAAGAUAAAAACAGCUCGAUCCACGCACUGUUGACACCUAUCAGCCGUGUGGCUUGCUUGGAGUGACUUCUAGAGGUCCAGGUGUGUGUGUAGUCUAGCCAGCGUUGGAAUUGUUAAAUACUGAAUCUUUCUCAGAAGAAAGGAAAGAAUCGAAAAGGGACUGUUUCUCAUUAUUCAAUGCUGUUAAUUAACUCUGUCUCCACACUACCUAAAAGCAUGUUGAGGACCCCAAAACCUGGCCUGGUUUACGGUUUACCAAUGCCGUUCUCUGACAUUCAAUGACAAUGUCACUGUAUGAAAAAUAAGUAAAACAUUUAAAAUAAAAAUACCUGUUAUUAUUAUUUA